AUGGAGGCCAUAAGUGAGGAGCUUAGACAACAACAGGAGGAGGUCAAUCGGAAACAUCGUGAAGCAACGCUUGCUUUGGAAGCAACUACCCAGUUGGCCCAAGCCAAUGCCCAAGCUGCAAAGGCAGCAGAAAUACGCGAUCCAAAGAAGGCAGCCAGAGUCUGGCUCGGCACUUUCGACACUGCCGCCGAGGACGCCGCCAUUGCUUACGACAAAGCAGCUCUCAAAUUCAAGGGCACCAAAGCCAAGCUUAACUUCCCUGAACGAGUUGUUCAAACAAGUAAUAAUAUUAUCAACAAGCAGCCGGAACAUCAUCACCAACAUAAUCAAGAGGCAUGGGGAAAAUGGGCAGCGGAAAUACGCGAUCCAAAGAAGGCAGCCAGAGUCUGGCUCGGCACUUUCGACACUGCUGCGGACGCCGCCAUUGCUUACGACAAAGCAGCUCUCAAAUUCAAGGGCACCAAAGCCAAGCUUAACUUCCCUGAACGAGUUGUUCAAACAAGUAAUAAUAUUAUCAACAAGCAGCCGGAACAUCAUCACCAACAUAAUCAAGAGGCAUGGGGAAAAUGGGCAGCGGAAAUACGCGAUCCAAAGAAGGCAGCCAGAGUCUGGCUCGGCACUUUCGACACUGCCGCCGAGGACGCCGCCAUUGCUUACGACAAAGCAGCUCUCAAAUUCAAGGGCACCAAAGUCAAGCUUAACUUCCCUGAACGAGUUGUUCAAACAAGGAAUAAUGGUUCAGAAAAAAAUAAUGGAGGUGGUGAUGAUGGAGAUGAGAAGAAACAAAAUAAAAAUAAAAAUAAAAAGAAGAAUGAUCAGCAUCAUCAGGACAAAAAGUGGCCAACAGCUCAACAAGUAUCUGAUGAUAUAUAUGGUGAUGUCGAUGAUGAUGAUGAUAUUGUUGAGGAGGAGAUGAUUUGGAAAGCUAUAGCUAGCAAUGUUGAAAUAUAUAAUUAG